AUGCCACCCCCCUGUGUGCCACCCCCCUGUGUGCCACCCCCCUGUGUGCCACCCCCUUGUGUGCCACCCCCCUGUGUGCCACCUCCCUGUGUGCCACCCCCCUGUGUGCCACCCCUCUGUGUGCCACCCCUCUGUGUGCCACCCCUCUGUGUGCCACCCCUCUGUGUGCCACCUCUCUGUGUGCCACCCCUCUGUGUGCCACCCCUCUGUGUGCCACCCCUCUGUGUGCCACCCCUCUGUGUGCCACCCCUCUGUGUGCCACCCCUCAGCUACUUGUGGCAUGGCAUCAUGUCUCCAUCUUGUUUUGCUCCUCAGCUCUUCUCUUACUCACAUUAUGCAUCGUCCAUCAUGCCAAUGCAAGAGCUGGCUGCACACAAGGAGGAGGUGGAUGAGUUGCGGCACAUGCUAAUAGCGGUUAAGGGGGAGUUGGCUGCGGUGAAGGGGGAGCUGUCAGUGGUGAAGGGGGAGCUGUCAGUGGUGAAGGGGGAGUUGGCGGAACACAAGAACGCUAUGGCAGAGAAAGUGGUUGAGAGUAGUAGGGCAUCGGAUGGAACAGGGUUGAGAGGUAAGAGUAGAACGAGAAAGCAAGAAAUCACAGCGAAUUUGGCACGGGAGGAGGACAGGGGGAGGGAGGUGCAGGAGUUGAAUCAGCCGCAUGCCACGGAGGACCUGGCGGCCUCUAAGGAAGGGCUCAAGAAACGGAUCCUGAAACUGAAUGUUGCGCUGCAAAUCAAGCAGAGUAAAGGCGAUCAGAAGAUGGCAUGGAAGGUGUGUGUUGAGUGA